AUGGAUGAAACAAGGGAAGAGUUAACUAUAAUCUCUUAUCUAUGGAUAAUACAAAUGGAUAACUUAAUCAAUGAAUACAAAUUAGGCCUAAGGUCCUACGAAUGCUUAGAAAAGGAAGUUAAGAGGACCAACUUUGAAAAUCUAUUCGAAGAUGUGAAUUUUUCAUCCGACACCAAUUUCAAUACUAUUCUAUCAUCACCAGAUCGAAAAAGUGAAGAACCAUUUAAGACAAAGAUUCAUAAAUAUGAUUUAAAUAAAUCUAACUCAACCAAUUUGCUUAGCCCUAAUUGUUUAGAUAUUGAUCCAACUGGUCAGUUUUUAUUGAGUGGAAAUAAUAAUGGUUCAAUUAUCUUGUUUGCAUUAGAUGAUAAAUUGAAGGAUAAUGAACUAUUCAAUAAGAAAGUUAAUUAUUCAAAGCGAGCUGCUUCUGAAAAAGAAAUAGAGCCAAUAGUGCAAUCCUCCAAGAAUCAUUAUAUUAAGGAUCAUAAUAAGGAUGGGAUGAGAAUGGUUCACAGUUUUGAAACUAACAGAAAUAAAUUUCGGAUGUAUAGAAAAUCAGAUCUAAAAAACACUUUCCCAUACUCUAGCAAUGUACCCAAUUUGACAAGUGCAAAUCGGAUUAUUCCAAGCGAAGAAAUGGAAGAUGAAACAGGAUCCCACAUUUCUGGAAUAAGUACAAUGAAAUGGUAUGGAGAAGAUAAUGGUAUGUUUUUUACUGGAUCUUAUGAUAAGAUAAUUAAAAUUUGGGAUACCAAUGAAUUUAAAUCUGUUCAAGAUCUGCCGUUUGAACAUAAGAUCAACCAAAUUGAUAAUGUUAAGAAUAAUUACAUGAAUGAAGUGAUUGUUGUCGCUAGCGAUGAUUAUUAUCCACGUUUAAUUGAUUUAAAGAGCAUGAAUUUAGGUAUAACAGUUUUUGGUAAAUCGACGUCUUCAAAUAGGAGAAGAAAUGAUGAAGGAAUGAAUUCAGAGAUUUUGACUUGUAAGAUGAAUCCAAACAAUGGGAAUAUUAUUUGUUCCGGUGAUGCUGAAGGAAGGGUUAAAUUAUGGGAUUUAAGGAUGACGAAUAAGUUACUUUAUGAAUUGCAGCGGGAACAGUCAAAUACUGGGAACGCCAAUAGUAAGAUUAAUACCAAAGCGCACCUACAGGCUUGCACUGAUCUUUGCUGGAAUGAAGUUGGAAGUAAAUUGUGUUCCAUUGGGACAGAUGGCCGAUUAUAUAUCUGGGAUCCAUUCUUAUCCGAUAAGACAUUAAUUAAUAGACCUCAAUUAUUAGGAUCGAUCGAUUUGCUACGUAAUAGAUUCAAAAUACGAACGUCUCAACGUUUAAUUUGGUUUAACGAUUUUGUUAUAUGUAAUACAGACAAUGGUGAGGUACAUAUUUAUGAAACUCAACAAUAUAAACUUUGGAAUAAAAUAGAGCACCACCAAUCAUAUAAUACCAGUAUAAUCUCAACUGGUACUAAUAAAAAAGAAAGGGUACCUACUAUUUGA